AUGGAGAGUGAGUGGAAGCCUAAUAAUGUUGAGAUAUCACCAAAUUGUCCAAGGUGUGGUUCUUCCAACACCAAGUUCUGCUACUACAAUAACUAUAGCUUAACUCAACCAAGGUACUUUUGCAAAGGCUGCAGAAGGUACUGGACUAAAGGUGGGUCCCUCCGCAAUGUUCCUGUUGGUGGUGGAUGCAGGAAAAAUAGAAGAGGUAAUAAGACCUUAAGACAAUCCAUUGAUGGUCUCACUUUCAAAAAUUCACCUUGUGGUGAUGCAAUGCAUUCUUAUGAUCCUACAAGGAUUUCACCUUCUAGUUCCUCAGUUGUGACUGAUGGACCAAAUAUUGAUCUUGCUCUAGUUUAUGCAAAUUUCCUCAAUCAAAAGCCUGAUUCUGGAGCUGCAGGGCUUGACCCUUCUCUAGAAAAUUCAAGACCAUCAUUGAACACAGAAGUUGGUCCAAGUAACUUGCUUCAAGAACACGGUCUUAGUGGCUGUUUGCAUCUUCCUGAACAACCAUCUACAGAACCCCAUUUUAGUGAGUGUAAUCACCAAAUGUACCAUAGAGAUUUCGACUCUAUACAGGCUCAUCAAGAAGAUAGAAUUGAGCAAUGCAGUGGUCAUGAUACAAUGAAUUUUGAGCUGCCACCUUUGCCAGGUGAAGAGGAAGGUUCACAUGAUAUGAUGUGGUCUAAUUCUGAGAUGAUGGUAAACCAUUCAUUUCAAGUACCCCAACCACCACUUCUUGGACCUGAAGCUCAUGAUGCAGAAUUGUUAAUUGGUAAUUGGAACCCCUUUGAUUUGCCAAGGGAUGCUUUUUUUUCCAGGCCUUGA